AAUACUAGACUAAAAAUCAGAAAGGCAACGCUUUGUUGUGAAAUCCUAACAUUCUGAGGAACUGAACUGAAUUGCUAUUAAGAUAAUAAGUUUGACAGCCGGAAGAAAGAUAUUUGUUUUGGUUAUUUCAAUUUUGAAAUGGAUGUAAUAUUCCACGAAAAGCAACAAGGAUCGUUGUGCGCACAACAUUGCCUAAAUGCGCUUUUACAGGGGCCUUACUUCACAGCUGUGGAUCUUGCAACUAUAGGACACCGUUUUGAUGAGGAGGAAAGGGCUCGAAUGGCUGAAGCUGGAGUUUCCAGUGAUGAGUACAAUCGGUUUCUUCAAGAACCAUCAUCAAAUGUGGAUGAUAGUGGCUACUUUUCUGUUCAAGUUAUCUCUGAGGCUUUAUCAGUCUGGGGGCUGGAACUAAUCCCAUAUAAUUCUUCUGAUCCUCGUGCAGCUGUGGCUAGACAGUGUCCCAUGAAUGAAAAUGCCUUCAUUUGUCACUAUAGAGACCAUUGGUUCUCAAUUCGUAAGCUGGGCAGACAAUGGUUCAAUCUGAACUCCAUCCUCUCAGGCCCUGAGCUCCUGUCAGACACAUACCUGUCUCUCUUUUUAGCCCAGCUGCAGACCGACAAGUACUCAAUCUUCAUAGUUGUGGGAGAUCUGCCUAGUUGUGAGGCGGACAAGGUUCUUGCUUUGGCUCCUCUCUCUCCCCGCCAUUUCCGGAAAGCUCCAACCAAGAAGCAAGAGCCAGAAGAGGAUGAUGAACAAUUAAAAGCUGCGCUGGCCAUGAGCUGGAAAGAAAUGGAAGAAGGAGACGACCAAGAAGCCCUAAACAAAGCCAUACUGCAAAGUUUGCAAAGCAGCCAGCCAAUCAUCGAGCCGCAGCCGGUAGCCAGGGCACCACAAGUAAAUUUCAACGCCGCCGUUGAUGACGAUCUGAGACGCGCCAUAAGUUUAAGUUUGGGAGGUGAUCAAGAAGAGUCUUGUUCAUUGACAGCUGCAGAAGCUUCCACAUCGUCAGCUGCAGAAGCUUCCACAUCGUCAGCUGCAGAAGCCUCAACAUCAUCAGCCAUUACAGACUCGAUUGAGUUUAUUCGACAAAGACGGCUUCUCCGAUUAGAACAACCGACGGCAUCGCCAAAUAACCCUUGAUUUCAUCUUCUUUUAUUUGUCUUUCAUGUAACUAUGUUUUCUCUGUUAUAAUAUUCAAAAAAAAAAGGAAAAAAUUCCUUCGUAUGAAACGGAAUAACGUGUUGUCGAUACGACCUGUGUUAUAUGCUGCUUCGAUCUUCUUCAUGAAGUCCUAAGCUAACAAUCUUACAACUAACAAUUUGUUGAUGAAUACAGAUCGCAAAAGCGACUAUAUGAAA